UCCCGGACUGCGGCCAGCCGGGCUCCGGGGCCGGCAUGGUGAAAGCCAGGGGGCGGGCCGCCGCGCGCGCCCCGCGUGGCCCCGCGCCUGACGCUGGGCCCGUCAGGAAGCCGAGGCGAAAGAAAAGGGUCUGGAGGAGCAAAGCGCGAGAAGCUGGUGGGGCGCCGGGGAACGACCCCGGAGUGGUCGCCGUGCGGCCCCCAAAGGCCCCGGAGGACUUUUCCCCGAACUGGAAGGCGCUGCAGGAGCUGCUGAAACAAAGAUCACAGACUCCACAAGAGCCUCCACUUCUCUCUCAAACGGAUUCCAAAAAGCAGCCGCAGCGUGUCCAACAAAGUAGAAACUCGAUCUCAGAUAAAGCAAAGAGAGAUGCGAUGGGGACAGAAGACACAGACCCUGAGGUCACAGGGGCCUCUGGGCCCUCGGGAUCACUGAAUAGCAGGAAGAUACUGGCGCAGCCCAAGGAGAAAGGGGCCGAGAAAAGGACCAAUGGUGACAUUUCUCGGCAGCAAGGCGACAUCAAACAUAAGAAGCGGAAAGCUGAGGAGCCUACUGCCCCCUUGCCUCCAGCCCUGCCCACCAAAGAUGACAUCUGGUUUGACGAUGUUGACCCAGCGGACAUCGAAGCGGCCAUCGGCCCAGAGGCAGCCAGCAUAGCGAGGCGACAGCUGGGUCAGAGCAAGAGCAGCGCCACGCUGGUGAAGGAGCGGCCCUUCGGCGGGCUGACUAAAGCCUUAGCCAUGGACUGCGAGAUGGUGGGCGUGGGCCCCAAGGGGGAGGAGAGCAUCGUGGCCCGCGUGUCCCUGGUGAACCAGCAUGGGUGGUGCGUGUACGACAAGCACGUGAAGCCGACCCAGCCGGUGACUGACUACAGGACCGCCGUCAGCGGCGUCCGGCCCGCGGACCUGGCGCAGGGAGAAGAGUUUGAAGUUGUUCAGAGGGAAGUCGCGGACCUGCUCGAGGGCCGGAUUCUGGUCGGACACGCGUUGCACAACGACCUCAAGGCGCUGUUUCUGGGCCACCCAAAGAAGAAGAUCCGGGACACUCAGAAGUACAAGCCUUUCAGGACCCAAGUGAAGAGUGGACGGCCGUCUCUGAAGCUGCUUGCAGAGAGAAUCCUGGGGAUCCAGGUGCAGCAGGCGGAGCACUGUUCAGUCCAGGAUGCACAGGUGGCGAUGAGGCUGUACGUCUUGGUGAAGAGGGACUGGGAGAGCCUCGCCGGGGACAGGCGGCCCCCCGCCCCCGAGGCCCGCAGCCAGGACGCCUAGCAGGGCCCCGCCCCAGGAGACCGUUGCGCCCGCGGGAGCUGCAACCACAUCAGACGACAGUCGGAGCCCCGGAGCCCCCGGAGCUGUGACGCUGAAGGCAGGUUUCAGAAUCACGGCAGCAGAGGCGCGUGGCGUGCGUGCUGCUGCGCUGAGCCUCUCCCGCACGGGGGCCCCAGGGCUGUCCCUGCGGUUCCCCGGGGCCAGGGCGGGAAGCGUCUGGUUGUCUGACGGGUCUUCGUCACCUUCCUCUGGGGGGCCUCUUUCCCUCACUGCCGUCAGCAACGGGAAGAAAGGAACACUGGGACUCGGGCGUGGACCGCACGGCUGCCCCGUCGCCCCCUCAUUGAGGGAUUUUCUCUGCCACUCGGGGGCUUGGGGGGAUCUCCUGAGGCUGGGGUUCUGCUUGCCCCACCCGUGCACACCCGCUAUAUUCAAGUUCCAGUUUAGAGCCCACAGCAGGCAGGGGGGCUCGGGCUGCCCAGUGUGGUUUUCCCGGAGGUGGGCGCCCCCCGACCUGAACGGACGAGUGAGCGUGGGUGCCUGGGGCACCCCGCCCGGGGUGCGGGCUUUCUGAGGACAGGAACAGCCUUCUGCACCGAGGGGAGCGUGCAGUGCCCUAGGCUACGCUGAGCCCCCGCCAGCCGUGUGAAAAGUCCAAAGCCACCACGAAGGUUGUGUGACAUAAAUGCCUGUUUUUACUUGAGCUGCGCCUUGUGGAGGCCCCGUGUCUGAGAGGAUGGCUGGGUCUCACCUCUCCUGACCCCCUACCCCCCAGGAGACGCCCGUGGCACUGGGCGCCCGGUCAGGUACAGGUCGAUGAGGAGAGGAGGGCCAGGCGGCUCCCCAGAGUGGCGUCUACCGGCCGCCCUCAGAGCUGGGCUGGGCGGCCGCCUCCAGUCUGUGGAGCACGCUGGCUGCGUAAGAAACGAGCUCCUGCAAGGAGAAGGCGGCUGGCUGUCCUGGACGGUGUCUGGGCGGCCCCCCUGCCCCGUGGGGUGUUCCGCAGCCCUAGCGGGGCCCUGCAGUGAGGCAGGGAGGGCCCGCCAGCACUCACCAGGCUGGAGGUGAAGCGUCCGUGGAUCUCCACAACCAGGGGCUGGAUGCCGCUGGACACCAGCUCAGACAGGAUCUCCUCUGCAGGCAGAGGGGGUUCCUGAGGUGGGUGCGACAGGGCCGGGCCUCCACCCCUCAGUGAGAAGCCCUGGGACUCAGGAGCACGGUGCCUGGCCCAGCACGUUCCUGCCCUCGCCCCCACCACAGCCGUGAGCUGGGUCCUCACUGUAGGCGGCCAGGUAGGCCAGCAGCAGGCACACGCUCUCCACCACCUCCGGGUCAUCACAGUGCAACUGGUAGGUCUCCCGGAUGAGGUCCAGGCCGCCGCCGGUCUCCCUGGGCAGCACCACCUGCAGGGCGGCCAGCUCUGGGCAGAGGGUAGAGGGCGUCGUUCCCUGAUGGGUAGGCCUCAGGGUCCUCCAGGAGAUGGGGGAUGGCCAUACUGAGUUUGUGGGGUUGUCGAGAGUCCAGAGUGCUGUGGGCAGCAAGCCUCAGCUGGCUGAGGACACCAUGGUGGCCCCGGGGACCGCAACAGUCAGGCCUUGACCACUGCACACCUUGGGGGUGUUCUCCGGCAGAGGGCACCUGUCUCUCCACCCCAGCAGUCUCCCAGGCCAGGGGAGGGGGUGCCCCCACGCGAGGAGGCCUGUCAGGGCAGGUUAGACCCGGCUCCUGAUGCCAUGUGGUCAGGUCCCCUGGAGUCCCGGGGGAGGCAGACACCCCAAGGCGUCAAUAAAUUCUGU